AUGAAUCACUCCUCCACCGUUGACACCUCACGUCCUUUCACCUUCGUCAAAGAAGCUAUUACCAUCUUCGGCAAAAAGCUUCUUACUGGCGAACUCUACUCAUCUCUGAAGCCAUUCUCAGCUCCCAAACAAUGGAACUUUUCCCCCACAAAAACCCAAGAGAGUGACGACGAAGAGCAAAAAACCUUAGCAGAAACCCUAAACAAACUUGAAUUGGAGCUCAAAAAGACAAAGACGGAGCUGAAGCUUUUGAAGGAAAGAGAGUCGGAGACCAAGGUGGCUCUCGUUUCGCUCAACGCAGAGCUUCACAAGAACAUGUCGAAGAUGGUGAAAGUCGAGGCGGCUACUCCAGGAAAUGCGGCGGCAGAGGCGGUGGCGAGGACGAAAAGUACGAGGAAGGAGGAGGAAGUGAGGAAGAGGGACAUGAUUGUGAGAAUGAGAGAGGAUAAGCCAACUUUGGCUCAAAUUUUGAGUAAUGGUGAUGAGGAAGGCUUGUUUUGA